GACCGAGUUGCCCCAGCCACUCUGGGUGGCUUCCAACAGAUACAGGUAAAGGUAAAGGGACCCCUGACCGUUAAGUCCAGUCGCGGACGUCUCUGGGGUUGUGGCGCUCAUCUCGCUUUAUUGGCCGAGGGAGCCGGCGUACAGCUUCCGGAUCAUGGUGAACCAGAGCAGCACACGGAAACGCCGUUUACCUUCCCGCCGGAGCGGUACCUCUUUAUCUACUUGCACUUUGACGUGCUUUUGAACUGCUAGGUUGGCAGGAGCAGGGACCGAGCAACGGGAGCUCACCCUGUCGCUGGGAUUUGAACCGCUGACCUUCUGAUCAGCAAGCCCAAGGCUCAGUGGUUUAGACCACAGCGCCACCCACAUCCCUCAACAGAUAUAAGAGCGCAAUAAAACAUCAAACAUUAAAAACUUCCCUAUACAGAUCAUGCAAAUCAUGGGAGGGAGGGAGGUGCUCUUGUGUUUCAGUUCUGCUUGAGAGUUUCAUGUUGGGGACACUCAUACAAUUGAAGUGUUGCAAAGGUACCCCAAGGGUCAUCUAGUCAAACCCCUUGCAUACAAGACACCAUCCAGCCGUCUUAGGGACUUCAGAUUUGUGUAGGGUUUAGUCCUUAGCCUUUUCUUCUCCUGAAGACAUCCCACAAGGCAACAGAGGUUUAGGGUCAGAGUUUCCUUUCCCGGGUGAUGAGCCCCACCUGCCUCUCACUCCCCUCUUCAACCUGUGCAGAAACUCUAGGUCUCAUCUGUUCAAGCUACUGGAGCUGGUCUUCACAUGCAGGGGAAGUCUUUAACGCCUUGAGAAGCCGUUCCAGGGAUUGUGGUCGCUUGCUGGCAGCUUCCAGGAACCACAGGUGAGAGCUCAGUUGAGUGCAGGGUGGGGACCAAACGACCACACCUCCCCUAACACCCCAAUAGUAAUAACAAAAAUAAUAAUAUGAUAGAAGCAUGUGGCCCCUGGAAGGCUCCCUGGGAAGGUGAUACGGCUCUCAGGAUCAGGAUGAAAAGGUUCCUCCCCUCCCCAUUAUAUAUAUUAAAAACACAGCAGUGCUUAAAACAAAACAAAACCCCUUUCCUUCCCUGUCCUUGCAGCCGCUUCGCCCCCAAAGAGACCCGGGGGUCCUGAAAGUGACCUGCGCCCCCGCAGAGGGGCUGCAAGCGAAAUAGGCGCCAGAGCCUUCCAGCAGGUGGCGCCCAGGAGCCAACAAAUAGGACACUCCCCCCCCCCCCAGCCCUUGGAAAUAACUCAAAGAAGAAAUGUGACCGAGAGAUGAAGCAGAGUUGGUGGAGGAAGGAAGAGAAUUUUUUUUAAUGAAAAAAGGAGAACAAAGACCUUGCCAAGCUGCCCCACAAAAGGCCAUAGAAACGGGUAAGGAGACCGACUUUGAUUCUGAUUUAUUUGCAAAUGUUUGGGGUCGGGCUUAGAGAAGGAGAAAUAUUUGCAACACCCCCGGGGGGGGGGGAGCCAGCUGACAACCUUCCUCUGUUUCCACCCUCUUCCUGACACACACACACACAUCUGCUCAGCAGGAGAGGCAAAGUUCUUCUGGCGGGGCUCCCUCGUGGGUGGGGGGAUCCCUUUGUGGCUUGCUGGGUGAUCUGCCUUUGCAAUGCUUGGCUCCAUACUCAUCCAGUAUUUCAAAUCUCUCCCUUUUGUCCGCCCGCAUCCGCCCUGCCCCCCCCCGCCGUCCCCCCCCCCCCCCGCUUCCCAACUAGUGGAUUCCCAAAGUGAAAUUCCGGAAAUUUGAGGAGGAUCCGGAUCCGGAGAGAAAGAGCCGAAGAAAGGAGGUGGGGAAAGCAACGUGGAAAGGAUCAGAGGGAGACCUGGAAGAAAAGAGACCUCCGGGAGACGAAGAUGGGGUGAGAAGCAGCCUUUGACUUUUGCACGGCUUGCACAAAAAGAAUUGGGGUGAUGGUUUUUUGCCGCUUUCUAAAACAAAAAAGCUAUGUGUGUGCGGGGUUUUGUCAAAAAAAAGAUUUUGCUUCCCAUGAAUGAACAGAUUUGCAACAAAGCCAAACCGCUGAAUCGCUCGAAAGUUUCGAGGUCCCGGGGAGAGGCGUUUUUUCUGAAAUUCUCUGCCACAAGGUUCUCAUUUGGAGCCAAUGGAUUCUGGUCAGGGCAGCCCCUGCUGCAAAAGGGAAGGAUUUAUUUUCGCCCUCUCCUGCUGCCAGUGACCUUUUAAACUGAUCCUGCCACAGGCUCUCUUCCUCUUUCCCCCCCCCCCCCCCCCCCCCCCCGCUUCUGGCCAUCACAGGGUGCAAGAAGUUUCAUUUUAAAUAAUAACAAUAGCAGUAACAAUAGCAAUAAUGAUAACAACAGAAAAACGCGGUCCUGUUUGGGUCAUCCUCUCUAGCCCUUCUCUGCUGAAAGGCAGGAUGUAUCAUUGGGGCGCCUCACUCUGCUCAGUGACUAGUUUCACCUGACCCCCAGUUUUGGAGAAAGGGGUGUGGAGCACGAGGGGUUAUCUGGCCUCCCCGCCCCCUCCCCCUCCCCCCCCACCAUUACCUCCACAAAUUCCAUCUUGCAACCCCCACUGGUGCAACUGCCUGUUGCUCCUCCAGCUUCUCUUUCCUUGGAUGCAGGGGUGUACUUAGGGGUUGGGUGUAGGCCCAGGGCCCCCCACAUAACCCCGCCUCUCCAUGGUGGCUUGGAGUGGCUAGGAUCCUGCCCGCUCCCCUGGCUGUUCCUCUGCUGCUCUGGGCGGCCGGGUGAGGUGCGCAGGCUCUUCUGGCAAAGGGGAAAGGGGGCACCAAUAUGGCUCCUUGCCAAGGGCGCAAGGGAGCAUAGGUGUGCCUCUGAUUGGAUGCAAAAUGUGAAGCCAGCUCUGGCUGUCCUCACAGCAGGGCAGGAUUUGAACCUGGGACUCCCAGCUGUUGAACUCUCAUAAUCAAUUUGGGUUCUGAGCAGGCAGGGCGUCCACAGGGUGACCCAGCAAAGUGUUCAGGAAGUGCGCCAGGGUAGCUGUAUAGUCUAGGUGUCCUUCUUUAGUGUGCGUUCGUGAUGACUUGCGCUCGUGAUGGCAUCGGGGUGGUUACGAGUGACCUGGCUUUCAACACUGUUGGCGCCUGCAAGAGUUUUGGGUUGGACAUCCUGCAAAUUUUCAUAUCCCCAAAGUUCGGGGUUUGCUUGCUUGUUUAUUUUUCUCCCGACUUUGUUGCAAUAUCACUGCAACGCUGGGGGGAGCAAGUAAUAAUGCAGAACAAUGUGUAGACAGUCAAGGAUAACCACCACUAAAGGCACGAUUAUUGUGCCAAUGACAUGGUCAUUUUGGGGACCUUUAGUCAGGAAAUAAUAAUAUCGUAGAAACCCUAAAUGACUCAGGCCCCAAAAUACCUUAAGAACUGCCUACUUCCCUACAGACCCUCUCAGGUCCUGAGGUCAGAGGGGGCCUCUUGGUAGUUACUCUGCUCUCAGAGGUGGGGGGCGGCCCAGAGGGAUCAGGCCUUCUCUGUGGUGGCCCCUAAGUUGUGGAAAUCUCCACAGAAGGACAUCCUGCACCUUCAUUGUCUGGCUUUUGGAGAAUGUUAAAGACUUCCCUCUUUACCCUGGCUUUCAAUGCUCGAGGUGUGUGUAUCUAGGAGCCACCUUGUUUUAAAUGGUUGUAAUUGUUUUUGUGUUGUUUUAAAUACAGUUGUACCUUGGUUUAAGAACAGCCCUGUUUACGAACUAUUCGGUUUCCGAACUCCGCAAAACUGGAAGUAGUGUCCCAGUUUGUGAACUUUACCUCGGUCUAAGAACGGAAUCUGAACGGUGGAAGGGCACCGGCGGCGGGAGGCCUCAUUAAGAACCUUGUUUCUUAAUGUGCCUUGUUUUAAGAACGGUUUCGGUUUAAGAAUGGACUUCUGGAAUGGAUUAAGCUCCUAAACCAAGGUACCACUGUAGAGGCAGCCCCCUGUUUAUGUGGUGCUUAAGUUCCCAGGCACCUUGCACCUCGUGUAUAAUUGAAACCUGUUGGAAAACUGGCAAGCUCCCAUUCCAGUGACAUUUCAGUGACGUCUAAUCAUGUUUCUGGGUCACUCCUGGGUUCGGUGUCCCAGUUUCUGAUUUGAUCCUGGAGUGUCCUGCUUUUCUUUAGGACGUCCCUGUUUUCAUGGGGGAAAUGUUGGAGCUAUGUGACCCCCAAGCCAAGGAGAUAAGUAACUAGACAACCUUUAGAAGACUCCUGAAGGCAGCCCUGUAGAGGGAAGUUUUUAAAAAAUGUUUAAUGUUUUAUUAUUGUUUUAUAUAUGCUGGAAGCUGCCCAGAGCGGCUGGGGAAACCCAGUCAGAUGGGCGGGAUAUAAGUAGUAAAAUUAUUAAUAAUAUUAUUAUUAUGGAAUAGGACGUCCUUAUUUUCAUCAGAGAAAUGUUGGAAGGUCACACACAUCUUGAAUGCACAAAUACUGGGGGCUGCCUGUACAGUGGUACCCCGGGUUACAGAUGCUUCAGGUUACAGACUCCGCUAACCCAGAAAUAUUACCUUGGGUUAAGAACUUUACUUAAGGAUGAGAACAGAAAUUGUGCUCUGGUGGUGCAGCAGCAGCAGGAGGCCCCAUUAGCUAAAGUGGUGCUUCAGGUUAAGAACAGUUUCAGGUUAAGAACAGACCUACGGAACGGAUUAAGUACUUAACCCGAGGUACCACUGUAUUGUGUUUUAACCCAGCAUGGGACCUUUGGGUGAAGGGUGGGUAAUUAACAACAAUAAUACACCCACAAAAAGACUGCAGUCUGGAGAGGCCCUUGCAGAAAUAUGACACAAUUGAUGCUAAGCAGCAGAGAGGCUCAUCAGUGCAGGAAUAGUGCAUUAGUGAUGGGUUUAUACAAAAGUGCCCACUCAUCACCGUUGUUCAGUGGGGCUCUAUCAACUCCACACCUCAGUUCUGCAAGGCCCUUGUACACCCCAUCAGUUUUGGCAUGGCGGAAAAAGAAAAAAUGAAAUACGUCCAAAGCUGGGGGGCAGUAGACAGGGGCACAGAUGUAGACCGCUCUCUGUCUCUCUGGUCAUGAAAAGAGGAGACGGAGAGGAGACUGGAAACCAAGCUGGAUGAGGAACAGUUGAAGGAGCCUGGAAAAGAGGAGACUGAGAGGGGAUAGGAGCGCCAUCUCCAAACAUCUCAAGGGCUCUCACAUGGAAGAUGGAGCAAGCUUGUUUUCUCCUGCUCUGGAGGGUAGGACUCGAACCCAUGACUUCAAGUUACCAGAAAGGAGAUUCCAACCAAACAUUAGGAAGAACUUUCUGACCUCUCCUUCCUUGGAGGUUUUUAAGCAGAGGUUGGAUGGCCAUCUGUUAUGAAUGAAGUAGCUGAGAUUCCUCAUUUCAGGGGGUUGGGCUAGAUGACCCUUGGGUCCCUUCCAACUGCAGUUCUGUGAUUCUGAUCAUUUGACAAAUGGGGACCAUGCUUCUACCCUAGCUGAUCUGCGUGGACCUCAUGGGCAUGUGGGGAUGUAAAAGAGGAAAGAAAAAAGGAUCAGCCACCCUUUUGCGAGAGACUAAGGAAGUGAAAGGAUUUUCUCUCUUAUUCUUAUCCUAUUCAUUCAUUGAUUCAUUCAGUUUAUAUCCUGCCCACCCUCCCAAAGGAACCUGGGGCUGCAUACUGUGUUUAUAGUGAUGUUAGAACUGGGUUCAUGGUCCUUCCUGUGAAAGUGCAUAGAACUAUGGAACUCGCUGCUGCAGGAAGCAGCAAUGGACACCAACUUGGAGGGCUUAAAAAGACUGGGCAAAUUCCCGGAAGAGAAGUCUAUUGGCAGCUUCUGGCCACAGUGGCUAGGCUCUGCCUCCGUGUUCUGAAUACUGGUUGCUAGAAACCAUAGGAGGAGAGGCAUGAGUGUAGCCAGGGAGCAGCGGGGGCAACUGCCCCUCCCAAAUCAGGUGAAUAAAAAUACUUUUCUAAAAGUAGAAAUAAUCAGAAUAUUUGCAAUUGAAAUGCUUGCCGAGGUCACUUGUGGCGCAUUCUGGCAACUGGCAACCGCCUACUGAGCAAUAGGCGUGGCUUCUACAAACUGACCAACAGUGUUGCAGGGAGCUUGGUCCUGCCCUCCCCAACACAAAUCCUGGCUACGCCCAUGAGGGGAGGAGGCUCUCAUGCUUAUCUAGAUGGGCUCUUGGCCUGAUCCUGCAGGGCUCUUAGGUUGGAAUGGAACAUCCAGAGGCAGUCUAUCUGAAGUUCUAUAGGGUGUUUUGUCGCUAUGAGGAGUAGAUGGGCCUGAUCCACAUGAAUCCACAUGAAUCUUCUUAGGUUCUUAAGAGGGCGACCAUAGGUUCAGGGCAGACUGCAGACUGCUCCCAGGUGCGCUGACUUCUGGCGCCAGAGGCUGAAUUAAGGGAGUGCAACUGCUUCGCUUGCAUUGGGCGUGGAGCCUUAGGGGCACCACAACUAGGAUGCAGAAUGGAAGGCGAGAGGAGGGCUGUGUGCAAAAGUUUGGCGUUGUGCAUGAUGCUGCUGAAGUUUGAGACCACCGCUGGCACCAUCCACUUCUAGCUGCUCCAAGCGGAAUUGUCACAGGCUCUCCACACCGUUGGAAGUGCUGUGCUUUUUCCUGCAUUCAUGACCCCCACCCACCCCGUCCUCGUUCCCCACAUGCACCAGUGAGCAUGAUGUUGUUCAGAGCCAUCAGUGAGCGUUCACCGCAACCCCCAAACAGAUGCUGUUUUACAACCUGGUUUGACAUCAAGCUCAUAAAUGGCUCUAAUAGAACUUACUCAUGAUGAUGAUGAUGAUGAUGAUGAUGAUGAUGAUGUGUUUUUAAUGACUUUAUUUUAUUUAAAAAACUCAAACCCUUUCCAGUCACUCUCAUUUGAGCACUGUAGUUAAUGGCACUAAUCGGAAAGGCUUCUCAUUCUUCCUUUUUUGAAUCAUUAGGCCAGGCUUCCUAAACCUCGGCCCUCCAGAUGUUUUGAGACUACAAUUCCCAUCAUCCCUGACGACUGGUCCUGCUAGCUAGGGAUCAUGGGAGUUGUAGGCCAAAAACAUCUGGAGGCCUGAGGUUGAGGAAGCCUGCAUUAGGCCAUGGGUGGGAACAAUGGCUUCAAGUAACAAGAAAGCAGCUUCCAGCUCAGCAUUAGGAAAAAGCUUUCUGACAGUAAGAGCUGAAGGACUCUCCUUCCUUGGAGGUUUUUGAGCAGAGGUUUGGGGGCCAUCUGUCAUGGAUGCUUUAGUUGAAAUUCCUGCAUUGCAGCGGGUUGGACUAGAGGACCCUUGGAUCCUUUCCAAGUCUAUGAUUCUCCGAUCCUGUGAUUCUAAUAUCUGUGCCCCUGCAUUGGGCUGCACCUGACAGUCCUCACUAACUUCAGUCCAUUGAUUUAUUGGAAAAGCUUCCCUGCUCCUGGUCUGUAUCGACCAGUAACAUCUCUCUCAGGUUUCCAGACUCCUCCUUAGCUGUACCUGGGAAUUCCAGGGCCUGAGCCUUUUAUCUUCUUCUGAAUUCUGCUCACAUGUUCUCCCAUAUAACCUUUCCCCUAUAAUCCUUUUUAUUUUCAAGAAUGAAACAGCCCUGUUCUCCACCCGCUCACAUGAGAUUGUCCUGAUGUUUCUCUAAGGGUUGAGUGGGAUUCCUCCGCAAGGUGCGAGCUCCGUGGACAUAGUGUGGGGCUCCUGCCGUUGCGUUUGAGACAGGAUGCGUGCCGCCGCCACUUCUGACCAACCAUAUUUCCUGCAUGGGGGGUUUGGGGGAUACCCUUCUCAUUCUACGUUUCAGGGCAAUGUGCAUGAAGCCAUGCGAGCUAUAAAAAAAGAGAGAGGAGCAAACUCUCACCUUGGCCUGUUCAGCUGAGCUGACUCAGCACGGCACUGGGCUGGCUGCCAGCUCUCUCCGCUGCCUCAUCGGAUGGGAGGCAGCCGCGGGAAGUGAAGGCAGGGAGUUUGCAAAAAAGGCUGGCCUCUUCCUUGGAGAAUCUGUAGAGGUCCAGGGCUUACGAUACGAUAAUCUUUAUUGUCAUUGUCCCAUACAGAACAACAAAAUUGAAAAAAUCUACAUAAGACAUUCAAAAACCAACAAGCCUGCUAUCCCAGCCUGGUUAGCCCCCUAAAAACACUGAUACCCCAUAAUUAAAUACAAUAUACUACCAUAGAGACUACCUUACACUGUGUUUAAAACCAAAAUUGCAUUUGGAUAGAAACUGUUUCUCAGGCGGCUAGUCCUAGUCUUUAUAAACCUGGACCUUCUUCCAGAAGGCAGAAGCUGAAGAGAUCAUUUCCGGGGUGUGCACUAUCCUGCGCUGUCUCUGCAGCUUUCUUAUGGCACUGUCUGGAAGCAUAGAUUUGAUCCAAGGUGGGAAGAGUGCACCCAAUUAUUCUCUCCGCAGUCUGGAGAGCAUUGUUUUUUCCCUGACCGUGAGCUCCCAAACCACACACACAGACCUAAGUUAAUACACUCUCAACAGUACAAUGGUAAAAUGCCAUCAACAGGUCCUUUGAGAGAUUGUUUUUCCAGAGGAUUCUCAGAGUCCACAAAGGCCCACACCCAGCAAAUAGAUGCAGCAAAUCACGGAGAGCUUUUGGGGAAGGAUAAAGGGAGGAGGGCUGGGCAAUACAGUAUAUGGAUACAUUGUCCAAAACCACUUUGAAGCCCAUAUCCUGAUAUCUGUUUCAUAGUUUUUGACCUGACAAUAUAUUACGAUGUGUGUAUGUGUGUGCUAUGCAAAAAUCACAAUGUGGGGAAAACUGUGAAGCCAGCAGAUGUCUCUCUAUAGCUCCAUGCAGUGCUUUUUGCUGGGGGUACGCAGGGGUACAUUUUGUGAAUCUAAGUUUGGUCUCAUUGAGGGGCAUUAUUUCAACAUUGUUUAGCUGGAACCCAGAGACUGGGCCCCCUCUCCAAGUGCCUCCUGGUGGUUCCCUCCCUGCGAUUAAGUGAAGCCACAGGGAGCCAGGCAGAGGGCCUUCUCCAUAGUGGCUCCCGCCCUGUGGGAACGCCCUCCCAUCAAAUGUCAAGGAGAUAAAGAAAUGUCUAACUUUCCAAAGACAUAUGAAGGCAGCCCUGUAUCAGGAAGUUUUUAAUGGUUAAUGUUUUGUUGUUUUUAAUAUUUGGUUGGGUGCCAUCAGAGUGGCUGAGGCAACCCAGUUGGAUGGACGGCAUAUUAUUAUUAUUAUUAUUAUUAUUAUUAUUAUUAUUCCUCUGGCAACACCCGUUGCUGGCAGCACCGUGACCAGACAGUGGGUUUCCCCAAACCCUGGUCCUCAGGCCAUGGAAGUAUUUCUUUAUAUAGAUGGUGCGAUAGCUCAGCUGGUUGGAGUGUGGUGCUGAUAAUGCCAAGGUUGCCGGUUUGAUCCCCGAAGGGACAGCAGCCUAUUCCUGCAUUGCUGGGGGUGGGACUAGAUGAUCCUCAGGGUCCCUUCCAACUCUGCAAUUCUAUGAUUCUAUGAUUUUGUGCUCCAUGUUGGAAUUUCACCCAUGUCGGGAUGUGUCUGCCCCCCUCCUCUUCUACCGUGGCACCCAAUCAGAGGCCUUCUCAGGCCAAGGGCAGGGAUGAAAUUCAGAGAAGAGGGGAGGAAGGGGCAGAGGCACACAGGAGGGCAAGAGCAGGGAUCUGGUGAGGCAAAGGCGCAAUUCACCAAACCUGAAGAAGAGGCAGAUUUUCGAGGUUGCAGAAAAGAUGGCCCUGAGGGAGAUUUGCAGAUUGGAGGUUGCAGGAGAGGGAUGAAGGGAAUGAAUGCACAAGAUCUGUUCAGCCCACUGAUGGUUUCCACCUUCUCUCGCUUUCCCUCUUCCUAGCAGCCCCCCCCAUUGCAAAGCCUCCCAUUGGAUGGGUGAGGUGGUCAGCAGAGACCAAUCAGAAUCUCCUUCCUCCCCUCACGCCCCCUUUAGACACAGCAGGGAGGGGUAGUUUGGAAAUUGCGGGGGGGUGGAGAGAGGAGGAGUACUAUUUUAAUAACUCAUGUGGUCAGGGAUGCUGCUGGGCACCUGCUUAAAAGUUGGAAGGAGAGAGAGAGAGAGAGAGAGAGAGAGAGAGAGAGAGGUGUUGGCAACAGGAGCCCAGCAACCCCCUUUCAGUGUUUUGGCAGGGAAGAGGAGAUCAGGUCAUACUGGAUGUGCAAAAAGCCUUCCUUUCUUCCCUCAAGGGGGGGUUUACUGGGGUCUUAAAAAAAAAUAGAAUGAAAAAGCAUUUCCCACGAGACCAGAAUAAUCUGUGGAACUAGCAGCCGCUCAGUCCGAUUGCUCUAAAAGUGGAUUUGGUAAAUUCUUAGAGGAGGAUAGACUAUUAGCCACGGCAGCUGGAUGCGUCCUCUGUAUGCAGAAGUCAGUCUGCCACUCAUAGACUCAUAGAAUUGUAGAGUUGGAAGGGACCAUGAGGGUCAUCUAGUCCUAGCCGCUGUGAUGCAGGAAUCUUUUGCUCAACGUGGAAUGCAAGUUGCUGGGGAAGGUGGCAAAUUCAUGUUGGGUGAAGCUAUCACAAUGGCUCUGCCCUGCCUAUUCAGAAGUAAUGCUUCUGUUCUGAGUAUCAGUGGCUGGAAACCGCAGGAGGGGAGGGGAAAAGCAUUGCUCUUGUGCACAGGAUCCUGCCUGCAGGUUCCCCACCACUGGACCAGUGGUGAUCCUGCAAGGAUGUUCUUAGUCCCCUAGAGAUUGCUUUGCAUCCCUUUUCAGAGAAGCCAGCAGAAUUUAAAGCAUUAAUCCAUUGCAGGCUGUGACCCCAGGGUCCAAAAAGGCCUGCCCACUCCCAAUGGAUUCUCUUGCCCUACCCAGAGUUUGAUUCAUGGAACUUUAGAGUUGGAAGGGACCCUGAGGGUCAUCUAGUCCAACCCUCUGCAAUGCAGGAACCUUUUUGCCCCAGGUGGAACUCAAACCCCCAACCCUGAGAUUAAGAAUCUCUUGCUCUGCCAACUGAGCUAUCCAGUUCAUCGGAGGAAGGCCAGGAUACGAAACCAAGGCAUGCAGAUGGGGCUUGGGUGUGGAGAGAGAUUUGGCCUGGCAGCUGCUGAUGUCUGGGGGAAGGCAGCCAGGAGAGAGGCAGAGUUAAUGAAUGGGGGGGGGGGGAGUGUGGACAGGAAGAGAUGCAGUUACACACAUGGCUGGAUGGCAGAGGUUGCUGUAGUCCUUUCUCUACCUCCUCCACUCUUUCAUCUCUUCCUUUUUUUACCCAUUCCUGUUUUUAAAAUAGUCGCUUUGAAAAACCUGAGGGAACCAGGGCAAGGGAAAAUUUGCCUGUGGAGUAGCUGUGCAGUGGAUUUCUCUCUGCAAAUGGCAUUUAUUUCCAUGUGGCAGGGUGGAAAUUUCUCAGCCCCCCCCCCCCACAUACACACACACACACACACAGAGAGAGACCAGCAAAGUCAGGCAUUGUCAGCAUCUACUGCUGUGAAGCCUCUGAGCUCAGAGAAGAAAACGGGGAGAAGGAGAGGCGGCUGGCCUGACCUGAGAGCGUUCGGAGGCUAUUUUUAAACAGGCUUGAAAGUUACCGUGGAAAAGGGAAGGCUGGGUGCAUUGCCAUAGAAGCAUAAAAUUGUAGCGUUGGAUGGGCUCCCGAGGGCCAUCUAGUCCAACCCACUGCAUUGCAGAAAUCUUUUGCUCAAUGUGGGGCUCAAACCCACGGCCGUGAGAUUAGGAGUCUCCACUGGUUAGAGCAUGUUGCUGAUGUUAAUGCGAAGGCUGCAGGUUCAAUCCCCGUAGGGAACAGCUGCAUUGCAAGGGUGGGCUAGAUGAUCCUCAGUGUCCCUUCCAACUCUACAAUUCUAUGAUUCUGUCCCAGCUUUGCACUGGAGCGCUUCCCCAGGAGCAAGGUUGUGAGAAGACCCCUGUGGCAGGAUCAGGCCAGUGGCCCGUCUAGCCCAAUGUCCUGUUCUCAAAGUGGCCAACCAGUUGCCCCCAUGGGAAGCCUGCAAAGAGGACCUGGGUGCAACAGCAUCAACUCUGGGUUUACUUUUUAUUGGGGGGGUAAGCAACCUGCACCCCCAAAACCAUAUGCCACCCCUUUCGUGUAUGUGACAAGGAAGAGACGUGCAAGGGACAGCAGAAGGAGGGUGUGCCAGAAACCCAUGCACAGCAUACAUUUAUCCCCUCAAAAAGGAAUCAUGGGAACUGUAGUUUUCUAAAGGUGCUGGGAGCUAAGGUGCCAUGGGGGCAUGUGCUACAGCUCCCGGAAUUCUCAGGUUGGGAUGAAAACAUGCUUUGAAUGUGUGGUGUGUACACAGCCAGGCAGAGAAAGGUGACCCUGUGGCCCUUGGCUCCAUCCACUCUGGCCAGGUGGCCCCCAGCAGCAAAAGCUUCACCGCUGUGGCCCUGCAUGCUCCGACCAGUUCCCCCUUUGCGCUGUGAUGCCUCCUCUCUCCCUGAGGCUGGUUUUAUCAGCAUGUCCCCCCUCCCAUUCCCAUCUCCUCACUGUCCUUUGUCCUGCUCCUUUUAUAUCUAAAAAGAGAUCCAUUCAUUUCUCUUUGCUAUGCUCCCAGCAUCCUUGCGCGCUCUCUCUCUCUCUUUGCAAACAAUCAAGCGCCAAUCUUGCACGCUUCAAGAGUCCCGAGGAGCCGGCAUGCGGAGGAGAAUGCUCUCUCGCAUGCAGGCACGCGUGCGCACGCCCCUCUGCCCCAGGACACGCACACCCGCUCACAUGCGGAGACGCUCCUUUCUCCCCGCCAGGCCCUGCUGGUGGCCGGCUGGUUUCUAAGUGCCUCUUCAAAGCCCUCCGCAGCCGUGCGUGAAGCGCUCUCCCCUUGCCUCCAGGCAACCAGAGGCUGCUGGCAUGCUCCGAAGAACGUCCUGGGCUGAGCAUGUCGAGACUGCAAAGCUGCAGUCCCAGCGGCUGCUUCGCGUGACGUCCACCUGCUUAACUGGUCCUGCUCUGUCCUCUGUCAAGGGCUGCUUUGGAGGCAGACAUCCUUAACUACAAACCUCAAAAUAUGGGAUCGCCUCGAAACUGGUGCCAAAGCUUUGCAGUUGUUUGCAGCGAAAACCCCACGUUUGUGGGGUCCUGCAAAACAUGGGGGUUUUGCUGCAAAAUGACUGCAAAACUUUGGCACCAGAUUCAACAGGAUCCCAGAUUUUGGAGUUCGUAGUUAAUGAAGCUUUGGAGGCAGAUCAGAGGGAGUGCGACCGCUGAGUCGGGGGGGGGGGGGCGCUGCAACUGUGACAUAGUAGGCAUGCAGAACGGGAGGUUGGGGCACGAGGAAUUUUGGACUUGCCGAAAUUUGAAAGUCCAAAGUCUGCUCCUGGUCACUUUCAGAUUGUUGCUCUUUUGCAGGGUAAUAUGUUGAUUGAAUAUUGACAAAUUCAGAUGGUAUAAUAAUAAUGAUGAUGAUAAUGAUAAUGAUAAUGAUAAUAAUAAUAAUAAUAAUAAUAAUAAUUGUUAUUGCUAUUGUUAUUGUUGUUGUUGCUGCUGCUGUUGUUAUUAUUAUCCAAGCCACUUUCGGUGGCUUCCAAGAUCUAUGAAAACAUAAUAAAGCAUAAAGUACAGUGGUACCUCUGGUUACAAACUUAAUUCGUUCCAGAGGUCCGUUCUUAACCUGAAACCAUUUUUAACCUGAGGUCCCACUUUAACUAAUGGGGCCUCCCGCUACCGCUGCUGCGCAAUUUCUGUUCUCAUCCUGAGGUAAAGUUCUUAACCCGAGGUACUAUUUCUGGGUUAGCGGAGUCUGUAACCCGAAGUGUUUGUAACCCGAGGUACCACUGUAUAAGGCAUCUACCUAUAUUCCUAUAUUUUACAUUGCAACUGUCAUGGGGGGGAGAUGGGGCGUCCAUUUUUAAUUGCGAGAGCAUGGCAGCCAAUUGGGGUUCCAUGCUCUCAUGUGAUUUUGGGAUAUGAUCCUGAAAAAAAGUUUUCCCAGGUCUGCAAUCUCACACAGAUUCUGUGCUUAACAAUAUGGGAGGUGCAGGCCAGUCCUACAUCAGUGUUUGCAUAUCCAGUCUGAACAUUUGUGGGAAAAAAGCAGACCCCCCACCCCCAGUGUCCCUAUUUUCCAGGGACAGCCUCGGAUUUACAGAAGCCGUCCUGGUUUCUGAUUGGAUCCUGGAAUCAGGGGUGAAUGAAGGCUAACCGACAGCUGGGGCGGGGCAAACCGCCGGCUUCGCAUGUGUUGCACCACUAUGUACGACACAUGUGUGGCGUCGCUACAUAGGGCGCAUGCAUGCAACACCGCACAUGUGUUAUACGUAGCGGUUUGCUGCUGGCGCUGCUCGAACGCCGUAGGGACGGUGGUGGGAUACUCUGCUUUUGCGGCUGCAGCCACAAACGGAGGAUCCUCCACAUGUGGCACCCAUCGCAACGUCACACCCAGGGGCGGCGGGGCAAGCUCCCACAGGGUGCCUUCUUGUCACCCCUCCAGACAUGGCACCUGGGGCCCAUCGCCCCCCCCGCCCCCCUUGCAACACCGCUGCCUGGAAUGUCCCACUUUUUGUUAGGAUUUCCCUGUUCUCAUCAGAGAAAUGUUGGAGUGUCAUGCAACCCUCCAGUCAAGGAGAUAAGUAACUAUACAACCUUUAGAAAACAUCUGAAGGCAGCCGUGCAUAGGGAAGUUUUUAAAUGUGUAAUGUUUUAUUAUGUGCUCUACAGAGCCAGUGUGGUGUAGUGGUUAAGAGUGUUAGUCUUGUAAUCUGGGAAACCGGGUUCGCGUCUCCGCUCCUCCACAUGCAGCUGCUGGGUGACCUUGGGCCAGUCACACUUCUUUGAAGUCUCUCAGCCCCACUCACCUCACAGAGUGUUUGUUGUGGGCGAGGAAGGGAAAGGAGAAUGUUAGCCGCUUUGAGACUCCUUAAAGGGAGUGAAAGGCGGGAUAUCAAAUCCAAACUCUUCUUCUUCUCUUCUUCUUCUACGUUGGGCUACCUUUGAAGGUGACCCGGAAACUACAACGAAUCUAGAAUGUGGCAGCUAGACUGAUGACUGGGAGCUGCUGCCAUGACCAUAUAACACCGAUCCUAAAGGAUCUACGUUGGCCCCCAGUACAUUUCUGAGUGCAAUUCAAAGUGUUGAUGCUGGCCUUUAAAGCCCUCAACGGCCUUGGCCCAGUAUACCUAAAGGUGCGUCUCCAUCCCCAUCGUUCUGCCCGGACACUGAGAUCCAGCGCCGAGGGCCUUCUGGCGGUUCCCUCCCUGAGAGAAGUGAGGUUACACGGCAGAGGGCCUUCUCGGUGGUGGCGCCUGCCCUGUGGAACGCCCUCCCACCAGAUGUCAAAGAGAAAAACAACUACCAGACUUUUAGAAGAUAUCUGAAGGCAGCCCUGUUUAGGGAAGCUUUUAAUAUUUGAUGAAUUAUUGUAUUUUAAUAUUUUGCUGGAAGCUGCCCAGAUGGACAGGGUAUAAAUAAUAAUAAUACAGUGGUACCUCUUGAUGCGAAGGGGAUCCAUUCUGGAGCCCCGUUCGCAUCCUGAGCAGAACGCAACCCACGUCUGCGCGUGCCGUUAUUCACGGUUUCUGCGUGUGACGUCAUUUUGAGCGUCUGCUUUCGCGAGUGGCGAAACCCGGAAGUAACCCGUUCCAUUGCUUCUGGGUCGCUGCAGAAUGCAACCUGAAAACGCUCAGCCUGAAGCGUAUUUAACCCAAGGUAUGACUCUAUUAUGUUUCUGUAUACAGUAUGUUGUAAGCCGCUCAGUGGCUGGGGUAACCCAGUCAGAUGGGCAGGAUAUAACACUACUACUACUACUACUACUACUACUACUACUACCACCUCUAAAUAGGAUGUCCCUAUUUUCAUCAGAGAAAUGUUGCAGGAUAUGGAGGAAGCCUUUUGUGCAUUAGAUCUCGAACCCCCAACCACCCUGGCUUCCUUCCUUUGGCCUUGUUUUGAUUCCCAGAUGGGGUUGCCAACUGACCAGACUACGCUGCUCCUCUUUGCCUUCCCCUCCUUUUUUGAAGAGCAGCCUGGCAUAAAGAAAUCAGCAAAGGGAGAUCGUUUCUGGCAGCGGAGCAAGAGCCAUUGUCUGCAGCCUGAACGGCUGGUUGGAAGCAUCUGUAAGCAAGCCAAAGAACGAAAGAGAGAAAAAGGCAGCCUGCAGACUGAUGGUGGGCGGGGGACAUGGCUUGCUGGAAUGUGCGCCUGUCAUGGAAGUCAGUGUGGGAGUCACACAGUCGGCAGAUCAGUCCCUGCCGCUUGGGACCUCCAAACCCUGCCUCCAGGGGUGUGGUGCGCCAGGAGAGGGUGGCAAGUGUGGCGGGAAGAUCCCAGGAUGAUCAGAGAAACAUCUAAGCAUUUCAGGGUAGUAUAGUUUAGUAUCAAAAUACAUUUUUAUUUAUUUGCAGAAUGUGGGUCAGAAUCUUUUCAAAAUAAGAGAGCAUCUAGCGAUACUGAGAACAAAAAUGAAAGAUCAGAAAACAGCAAGGCUGUUCGUGUUGAUGAGGAAAUGAGUUUGUCUCAAAUUAGACUCACUAUAUUAUUAUUAUUAUUAUUAUUAUUACUGCUGCUGCUACUACUACUACUAAAUACCAGCCUUCAUCAAAAGAUCUCAGUGUGGUUCACAGAAGAAAAUACAAGAUAAAACACAAGAAAAUAAUUGAACCAAAACAGCAAGACCAUAAUAACCCCCUUCCCACAGAAGGAUAUUAAUCACCCAAAGGCCUGGUUGAAGAGGAACGUUUUUGCCUGGUGCCUAAAAAUAUAGAAUGAAGGUGCCAGAGGCGAACCUCUCUGGGGAGAGCUUUCCACAACCAGGGAGCCACUACCCAGAGAUUACCCAACAGAAGCAAGCUCAUGCCUCCGAGUUUGUAUACCUACUUUUUAUAUAUAUUCUUUAUUGAAAAUCGAAAAGUACAUAAUUACAAGCGCGGGUGGCACUGUGGGUUAAACCACAGAGCCUAGCACUUGCCGAUCGGAAGGUCGGCGGUUUGAAUCCCCGCGACGGGGUGAGCUCUCGUUGCUCGGUCCCUGCUCCUGCCAACCUAGCAGCUCGAAAGCACAUCAAAGUGCAAGUAGAUAAAUAGGUACCGCUGCGGCGGGAAGGUAAACGGCGCUUCCGUGCGCUGCUCUGGUUCGCCAGAAGCGGCUUAGUCCUGCUGGCCACAGGACCCGGAAGCUGUACGCCGGCUCCCUCGGCCAGUAAAGCGAGAUGAGCACCGCAACCCCAGAGUCGGCCACGCCUGGACCUAAUGGUCAGGGGUCCCUUUACCUUUACCUUUACAAGCACACAGAGUAAAAUAAUAUACAAAGAAGAAGAAGAAAUACCAUCCAUAUAUAUAUAUAUAUAAUAGUUUUUAUUGGAAGAUUUUCAUGGAUCGCAAAGGUGCAUCUAUCAUCUCUGUUUUCAGUUCUAGAGCCCUGCCCACAGGUCAGUUACAUUUGUUGUGCGACGCUGCUGUCAUAUGCAUUGUGAGGUUGUGAGGAAAUGAUUUGUGCCCUUUUGUAGCUGCCUUGUUUAAUACCUUCUGGGUGUCCUGUGAUCAUAUUAUAAAGUAGUAGCGUUUGUGUUAUAAACCAAGCACUGCUAGGAAUGGUUUCUUUUUGUUUUUCAAGAUGCUUCUUGUCAACAGCAACAAAAAUCAGUGUGGGGCAAGCAAAUUUUUAUUCUCAAAGUGUGGCCCAGAGAAACAAGUUUGAGAACCCACUGGCAUAAGUGGUGCAAUUUUGGACCACAAGCCUGGGAGCUGUCUCAAAGCAAAGACCAGGUUAUGACAAUAAAUCGUGCGAUUUCUCUGGACAGAUGCAUCUCCUGCAUCAAGGGCCGGGCUAGGGAGUUAUGAGGGUGAUUUAAGAAUAGCUGCUGAAAUUCAGAGCCCACACUCCUCAGAUAGAUUGGUCCUGCUCAGUGAGGUAUUGUGAAGAAGAGCAAAGGGAACCAUCCCAGCUGUGUAUGUGUGUGUUUCCUUCUCGGUAAAUAUUUCUUCAUUCUGUUUUAUAAUAUAUUUAAAGCCAGAGAGAGCAGUUAGAACGGCAGGUGAAAAUUAAAAGAUGACAAACGAAACUUUGAAAGAGGCCCGGAGAAUGAGUGGGCUAAAAUAAAAGCAUAGGAGGAUCAUAGAAUCAUAGAGUUGGAAGAGACCACAAGGGCCAUCGAGUCCAACCCCCUGCCAAGCAGGAAACACCAUCAGAGCACUCCUGACAUAUGGUUGUCAAGCCUCUGCUUAACGACCUCCAAAGAAGGAGACUCCACCACACUCCUUGGCAGCAAAUUCCACUGUCCAACAGCUCUUACGGUCAGGAAGUUCUGCUAGAUCGGGCCAGCAGCCCAGCUAGUACAGCAUCUUCUUCUUGCAGUGGCCAAAUUGUUGCCUGUGGGAAACCGGCAAUCAGGAUUGGAACACAAGCCCUCCCCCUCCUGUGACUCCCAGCGACUGGUAUUCAAAAGCCUCUGACUGUGGAGGCAGAGCAAAGCCAUCUUGGCCAGUGGCCACCAAUAGCUGUCUCCUCCUCCAUGGAUUUGUGUUCUCCUCUUCUGAAGCCAUCUCCUGUGGGAGGGAGUUCCACAGUUAACUAUGUGCUGUGUGGAGAAGGACUUUGACCUGUUCAGAAUCUCCCUUAGAUGUCCACAAGUUCUCAUGUUCGGAGGGAGAAAAACUUUCCUCUGUCCACUUUCUCCAUGUCAUGCAUAAUUUCAUUAACUCCUACUCGGCGUUUCUGUAAACUAAAUUCACAAAGUCCAACUAAAAGAUUCCAGCGUUAUCAAGUCUAGUUCCAGAUGUGCCAGGCUUGUGACUAGGGUUGUCUUGAAAACAAUGGUUCCAUUGUACAGUCAUACCUUGUGUUGCAUCCGCUUCAUGUUGUGUCUUUUCGCGUUACAUCCCGCGGAAGUACCGGAACGGGUUACUUCCAGGUUUUGCUGCUCAUGCAUGUGCAGAAGCGCCAAAUCGCGCCGUGCGCCUGCGCAGACGCAGUGCUUCGAGUUGCAGGCCUCCAGAACGGAUCCCGUCCGUAACACGAGGUACCACUGUAUCAUCUUGGGUUGGUUUGUUUUUAAUCCGUGGUUCUCUGCUCCUCUGAUUCCCGAAUGUGCUUUGCUGUGGUAGGCUGCAAGGGACCAGGUCUGCUGCCCACACCAAGCCUCUCAGCAGACUUUCAACUACUGUUGUUUUCUAUUGUAUUUUUAUGUUGUGAACAGCCCUGAGAUCUGCGGGUGAAGGGCUGCAUGCAAAUUCAAUUAAGAACCAUCAUCAUCAUUAUCAUCCACUAUUUUUUUAAAAAAUACAUGCAGCAAAGGAAGCAGAGAUGCAACAUUUGUUUGUGUCUUUAACUCUUGAUGCAUUCGCCUCUCUAGGUGUCAGGAAAUCUAAAUCUCCCUGAGACAUGGGAGCCCAGUAUAUAGGGAUUGCAAAGAUUGAUUCUCUCUCUGUCUGUCUCUCCCUCCUUCCCGCUUCUGCCUAAGUGGCCCAAAAUCAUUACAGAUUAACAGCUCAGAAAACCUCUGGCCGGCUCUUGCUCAGCAAUAUUGCUUUCUGCCUCGGUCUCUUUCUCUCCUGUGUUUUGUGUGUCAAUUAACAGCCGUCAUUUUCCAUCGCUAGGAAAUGAAUCGCCCGCCAGACCCCAGCCAAACUGGGAAUUUCGCCCAGGGACAGAAAGGACUACCCUGAUGGUUGAUGACCGUUCUCAGACCCCUCUCCCAACCCCCACUUGUCACCUAACCAUCUGCGUUGGUCAGAAUUAACCAAUGUCAACAAUUAGGUAACAGCCUUGCCUUAAUCUCCGCGCUCUGCUCCCCCGUGUCUCUGUGUUAACAUUCGAACUAACAAAGGCCAAGACUUUGAAAUCCCUCUUUUGAUUUUGAGCUGCCAUGAAUCGAUCGUUGCUUGGUGGGGAGUGGGGGGGCUUCAGUUUCCAGGGAAUGGGUAUAGCUGAAUCAUUAGAGCUGGGGAGAUCAACCCUCCGAUUUCUAUCUCCCUUUAGCCUUUGAUUCAGAAGAAUGAGGACUAGAAACUUAGCUUUGUUUUUAGGGAAAGGGACCAAAGGUGAGUGACAAGAAGGGAGCUGGUUUAAUUUCUCUAGGAACGGAGAGUUCCCAAGCUGUCUGGGAGCAACCAAGAAGCCACCGUCCUGCAGAGAGGGUGGUGGUACCAAGAGAGGACCCUCUGCCCUGAGAUCUCAGAGCCCAGGCAGGUUCAUUGCAGGGAAUAAGGUCUCUCAGAUAUAGCCUGGCACUAAGCAGGAGAGCACACGAGGUGGGCUGGGGGGGAGCAAUUGCUGGCUGCCAAUCUCAGCCGCUGCUCAGCACCCCCUUCUGCUCAUGCCCUCCUUUGCAGGGAGCAGCCGAUCUUCAGCACUAGGGCACACAUCUUCCAGAUCGACCCGGCCACCAAGAGGAACUGGAUCCCCACCAGCAAGCACGCGCUGACUGUCUCCUACUUCUACGAUGCCACACGCAACGUCUACCGAAUCAUCAGUGUGGGAGGCACCAAGGUGAGAGAGGCGGCGAGAGCAGGAGAAAACAAACCCCAUUAUAGGCAUGCAUCUUGGAAAAGCUUUUUUUUAUUUUUUAAAGAGAUGAUCUAUAGAAACAGAGCACAGCCAUCAUGGCUAGUAACCUUUGAUAGCCCUCUCCUCCACGCAAUCCUCUUUCGAAGCCAAGUUGUUGGCCGUCACUGUGGCAGGGAGUUCCUCUGUCCAACUCUGCGUUGCACGAAGAAGUGUUUUCUUUCCUCUGCCCUGAAUCUCCCGUCCCUCAGCUUCCUUGGGUGUCUGCAAAUUCUAGUGUUCUGAGAAAGGGAGGAAAGCUUUGCUCUUGCCACUUUCUCGUGACCUGAGGCCGAAGGAGACCCUUAAAACGCUUGCCUUUCUCUGCUCCCCAAAGGCCAUCAUCAACAGCACCAUCACCCCCAACAUGACGUUCACCAAGACCUCACAGAAAUUCGGCCAGUGGGCCGACAGCAGGGCAAACACCGUCUAUGGCCUGGGAUUUGCCUCUGAGCAGCACCUCUCCCAGGUAAGAACUCAGGGGCAGGACAAGGAAAGGAAGGAACGGGGUUUAUUUUUUUAUUAAACACAGUGCAAAGCGAUGCACUACCCUAAUCUCUGAGCAGUGAGAAACUCCAGGGGGUUCCAAUUGCUCGACCAGGGCUCAGUGUCGGAAGGAAGCGCGGCGGAGACUGCGGUGUCCUGCAGAUGAGUACAACCUGAGCAUUGUAAGGGGGGCUCACAGCAUUCGCACCCCAAGAGAUCUUCCUUAGUCACAGCUUUGGAUCCAGCACAGAGCAAGCAGGUCUCUGUGUCUCCAGCUUCCAGCUAGCUCUCUCACAACUCUCUGGCUCUUGUUCUCCUAACUAGCAGCUUUGGAAACUUUGGGGAAAUCUAAUAAAAAAUUUAAAUUAUAAAAAAGGAGUUAAAGGGUGCUGUUCAGCUAGCAAGGUAGAAGAGGGCAGGGCCUCUUUUUUGAUCCAUUUUACAAAUAUCCAAGAUGGCGGCCAAACCACUCAGUUUUCUUUUCCCUGCUUAGUUUGCAGAGAAGUUUCAGGAGGUGAAGGAAGCGGCUCGCCUGGCAAGGGAGAAGUCACAGGAUAAGACGGAGCUGACCAGCCCAGCCCUCAGUUUGACGUCCCAGCAGGUAAGCAGGCCAGGUGUCCUGUUCCUCCCAAACUCUGCAGCGGGGGAUGGGCCAGUUCACCAGGAAUUGAACCGACUCUUUGGGAUGUAGACCAGGCAGGGGGAACCUCUGAAAACGAGGCCCAGCAGAGUCCUAAUUUGGCCCAUGAAAUUGUUUUGAGCCUGCCCACCUCUCCCAUACCUGACACCAGGUGUGGGGCAGGUGAAGAAACAGGAGAAUUGCAGUACCCCCCCAGCUGCUCCUUGGCAGCUCCUCCUGGGUAAAAGGGACAGGCAGGUGGAUCUGGGGGGUGGAGGACGCCAUGUUCCUAGGUCUGGGCACAGAUGGAUCAGCAGAACGUGCGGAGGAGGGAGUGUGAACAGUCCCUUGGCCUGGAGAAGGAGGAGGAGGAGAGAAGGGAAGCUUCACAUUGAGCAGGGAGCGUUUGUUAAAAAUAAAGCCACCAUUUUAAUACUUAGCAAUGCUUCUGAAGUGCUAAGCGACAGUUCUAGUUGAAUUCUUUUUUUUUUUUAAAUCAUAUUUAUUAAAGUUUCCAAAAAUAUAAAAGUACAAAGAAAAGAGACAAAAGAAAGAAAAUAUUUAAAAACCUUACUUUCAUUCCCUACUUUCUGGAACUCCCCCCCUCCCCCCCCCCCAAUUGUAUUCCCCUUUCCUUAAUUUGGUUCUACAAGCUCUCACUCCCAAAUUUAAAGCUUAAUUUGUUUGACCCACUAUCCAAAUUGAAUUGUACAAAUCUUACCACCGUCCCACAUCAUUAACAGAAAAGAAAAAGAUUUUCCCGAGAUCCACCCCAGUUCCUUCCACAAAUUCCCUUUUUUAAACACGUCCGAUCAAAGUAAAAUAACAUGCGUAAGUUAUGUAAAGAAAUAGAAAAUAAGAGAUAUAGAAAAGUUCAAAAAAUGGUUACACAGCCUUUGGAUUUCAAAUCUCCCCCCUUCCCGGUUUGAAUUCCCCAUAUCCAUCAGUCUAUACAUUAUCAGCUUGGAAGUCUCAUUUCAUGACCAGAUUUCUCCCCGAUUCCAUCUUGCCGGUUUUCUUCUAGUUUAUUAAUUUAAAUAAUAUUUGACUUCAAAUGUCCAAUCUAACAAAGGCCUUUAAUUUCCUUGAUCUUUACCACUCCUCCCGUUGUUCUUUCCGUGUCGUAAUCAGUCCUUUAUUCUUCUUGUUCCUCACUUUCUCAGGUUUCUUGUCCUGUUCAGCUGCUAAAACUUUCUAAUUCAGAAAUCUAGUGUCUCUGCAGAGGUUUGUUAUUCAGGAACAAAAACUUACGUCCAGUCCCUUUCUUUCUUCAAUAAAAAUUUCCAUUGUCUUCCUCUGUAGACAAAAUACUCUUGCAGUUUUGCAGCGUGCCCAGAAGAUCACGAUUCCGGUGCGAAUCCCAGGGUCUGUUUCGACUGACGACCGUUCUUGUAGUAUCCUGAAACCCCUCUAGGGGAUUGUAAUAACUUUGUAUCCUCUAAUCCAAAAGUCAAAUUGUUGCUUAUUUUCCAACAGUUUAUAUCCAUAUUAUAGCAAAUUGUAGCAAAAUUUACCAGCAAGAUCCUCAUAAAGUCCUCUUUAUAUUCUCCAGCUUUGACAGCCACUUUGACAGCUGUCAAAGUCUCCGUCUCUCUUCACCAGGCUCCACGAAUCGCCCCGGUUCCCGGGGGGGGGUUGCAUUUUCUUCUCACCCUCCACUCUUCUCCUCCAGCACAUUUCUUAUAAUUUCCCAUCGUGAAAUUAAUGAUUUUUAUCAGAGACAUACUUCCCUUUGGACCUUGGUUACCCAGUCCUUGUUUUGGAAUGCUUACAAUAGGGGGAUUGACUUCCUUUUAAAUCGCCCCGCUCGUGCCAAAUCCAAAAUUUUGAACCCGGUUUCCCAAUUACUCACGGGUUGUUGUUAAUAGUCCAAAUUUUCAGUAGAAGAAGUCAGCGCUCUCCGUCGAAUGGCAUGCGGCUGCGCUCGGCAGGGAAAGCAGUGGACUCAAAGCACCACGCCACUCCCGGCACCCGAUCCGAAGCCUUUAAAAAGGCUCCUUCACGAGUCGGGAGGGCGCUAAUGGUGCAAGCCGAGUCACCCAUGUCCACGGACUCCGUGCCCGUGGUUUUUAAGGGUCCCCGCGUCGCCGGCGCGGUAGGACCCAGCCCCUGCCGAGCAGACUCCCUCCGGAGCUCGGAGGGAGUCCGCCAUUCGGCGAUGGCGCUAACCCGGAAGUCCCUGAAUUCUGAGCAUCCAGUGGCAUGGAGUUCCAAAGGAGGACGAACAUAAAAAAGUUUAUGGUGAGGAAGAGAGGGGGUUCUUCUAGGUUUGGAUAGCAAGAGAUAGCACCUGGGAUUUUUGGAAGGUUUGGGAUUUCCCAGUGUGGCACGGGGCUUGACCCCUCGGAGGGUGUGUCUGUCCAUGCAUGAGAGCCCACCUUCCUGGAAUGCGACAGGGCUCUGCUUCACCUGCCCCCUCCCCAUGCUCUCCUGCCCCACAGAUCCUCCCCAGCCCCAUCAUCAGUUCCAAUGGACCUGGAGACGACAAGCUCUUCCGCAGCCAGAGCGCCGACAUGGAGAUGACGACGGAGAGGGAGCGGAUCAAGAAGAUGCUCUCCGAAGGGUGAGGAGGGCGACGGAGGUGGCUUGGGGAAGGGGCACCCGAACGGUGGCUGUUUUAUUCCUGUUCAAGUCUCACUUACUCCCCAGCAGCUGGGAUAGCUCAGUUGGCAAAGCGCAAGACUCUCAGGGUCGUGGGUUUGAGCUGCAUCUUGGGCAGAAUAUUCCUGCCUUGCAGGGGGUUGGACUAGAUGGCCCUCGGGGUCCCUUCCAACUCUGUGGCCCUUGGCAUCUGUCUCCUUCCCAGCUCUGUCUGUGAAGUCCAGUGGGAGGCAGAGUUCUUCACGCUGCAAGACAACAACAACAAGCUGGUGGCCGCAUUGAACGAGGCCAAUGCCAACGUGGAGCAGUGGAAGAAGCAGCUGGCGGCCUACCAGGAGGAGACGGAGACCCUGCGGCAACGGGUGAGGGGGCGACCUUUGGGGGGGGCCUUUGGUGUGGGAGCCUGGCUGGGGGCUGACCGAGAUGGCCACCGCCAUCUUUGCAGCGCACUUCACCGCUGUCCUGAUCUCAGGGCGCCAUGACAUUCUGCUCCAGGUGAUGGUCUUGGUGGUACAAGGGAAGUUUCAAGACGAGAGUUUUGCUAAUCUUUCAUUAUUCCGUUUCUUAUAUUUCAAAUCCUGCCUGUGGCGACUUCAUAUAUGGGGGAUAAUUGGAUAGGUAAUCCACCUGUGGUCUCCAUUCUUCCUUAGACACUUCGUCAUUAUGUCCUCUUAAUUUGGCAGUCAGCUUUGCCCUUUCAGCAGUCCAUCCAUUUCAUAAGCCAUUCCUGGCUGUUAACCAGAAGGUUUGUGGCUCUGGUUUGUGGCGAUGGCUCUGGGCAGGAUUCCUGCAUUUCAAGGGGUUGGACUAGAUGACUCUUGGGUUCCCUUCCAACUCUACAGUUCUAUGACACCAAUAGGCACUGAUUCUAUGGGAGUAAGAGAGGCUGUGGUUUUGCUGUGAAUAGUAGUAGUAGUAAUGAUAAUAAUGAUGAUAAUAAUAAUAAUAAUAAUAAUAAUAAUAAUAAUAAUAAUUUUAUUAUUUAUACCCCACCCAAGUGGCUGGGUUGCCCCAGCCACUCUGGGUGGCUUCCAACAGAUAUAAAAAUAUCAUAUAACAUCAAACAUUAAAAAGCUUCCCGAUACACGGCUGCUUUCAGAUGUCUUCUAAAUGUUGUAUAGUUUUUUAUCUCCUUGAUAUCUGAUGGGAGGGUGUUCCACAGGGCGGGUGCCACCACUGAGAAGGCCCUCUGCCUGCUUUCCUGUAUCCUCACUUCUCGCAGGGAGGGAACCACCAGAAGGCACUCGGAGAUGGACUUCUGUGUCUGGGCUGAACAAUGGAGGUGGAGAUGCUCCUUCAGGUCUACAGGGCCGAGGCCAUUUAGGGCUUUAAAGGUCAGCACCAACACUUUGAAUUGUGCUUGGAAACAUAACUGGGAGCCAGUGUAGAUCCUUUAGGACCAGUGCUAUAUGGCCUUCAGGGCGGAAGCCUCUAGACUUUGACCAUGCAGCCUCUGUGGGCCCAGGAGACGCUGGCUGCACAGGGGUGGUAGGAUAAGUACCUCUCUAAUCCCUCACCCCCCCCAAAAAAAGACAGCCUCCUCUGAGGUCAGGUGGUUCUGCAGCAUCUCUGCAUCUAGGGCGAUUGGGUGCUAACAAUGACCCCUGGAACAGGGACAGGACAGAACUGCCCACUGCCCAGCAGAGGCUGAUGGAAGGGAGGUGCGCAAGCCCUGAUCAGCAACUCAGUCUCUUCACAAAGUAGUUUUGGAGGGUCUUCAAGAGACUCUCUCUUGUUUUAUUUGUUGACAAUAUGGGGCUGAAAGAUCAUGAUGGGGCAGUUUGUAUUUCCUCUUCUAGUUUGAGGUUGACUUCUGUGGGAUAACUCAGUUCUCAGAGCAUGGGACUCUUAAUCUCAGGAUUGUCGGUUCGAGCCCCAUGUUGGGCAAAAUACUCUUGCAUUGCAGGGGGUAGGACUAGAUGACCCUCGUGGUCCCUUCCAAUUCUGCCAUUCUAUGAUUCUACUGGCGCAUGGUCUGUGAUCUUAAUGUUGCAGAUAUGUGUUGUUUGACCAACCGGAUCACGCCCGGGGUGCAAAGGGUGCUCUCUAGCCUCCCCUCGUGCCGUGGCGGCCGGACUGGAAUGUGUUGUUGGUGCCGCCUGGGUUCUCUCUCCCCAUAUAUAUCAUAUAGGGCUUUUAACAUUUUUAGCAGCCCGCAGGAGACUUUAGUUUGGGCAGCUCCCUCUUUGAGCAACCCAUCCGAUCGCUCUGCACAUAGAGCUCUGGCAGAAUCCGCCCCCAUUUCCCAGCAGAAGCUGACUCUUUGGGGAUAGGUCCCCGCAGAGGAUAGUUUAAUCAGGAUACGCCCCAGACACUCAGAGCUUGGGGGAAUCGGCACCAGAUCCGCCGUUCAUCUCUGGGGAAGUAUUUCCAUGUGGCAGGAGGGAGGGAGGCAUGCGUGUAAUUCCUCUCCCAGAGGUCGUUGUGCACGUCCCUGGCUUCAUUGCAUGACGAAAGACGCUCCUUGCUUGCUAAUAUUAGCUCCCGCCCAAGGUCGUCAGGUUGGGGGGGGGGAAACGGCUGGGGAGGGAGAGAGAGAGGGAGAGAGAGCGCAGCCACCUCUUGUCAAGCCCCCCCCACCCCGGCCACUUCAGUCUCUGCAGACAAAGGAGAGGUCACUGCCCCACCCUGACUGGUACUAGGACCAUGCCCUCUGUCUCUUUCUCUCAAUCUCCCACCUCUCUGUUUGGCCAUUAUCAGUGCAUGCAUAGCUCCAUGGGUUAGAGCAUGGUGUUGAUAACACCAAAGCUGCAGGCUGGAUUCCCAUGUGGGACGGCAGCACAUUCCUGCCUUGCAGGGGGUUGGACAAGAAUCAGAGGUUCCCAUACUUAUUUGGCCUACUGCCCCCUUUUCAGGAAAAAAACAACAAAACUCAGUGCCCCCCUGGAAAGCUGCCUUCUUUAAGCAAACAAGCAGAAAGAUGCAGCGACAAAUUUGCGUUCUUUUAUGUCCCCAUAUUUCUGCCUAUGCCCUACGACAUAGUGAAGAAAGAUGAUGUUGUAAAUAUGACACCUUGAAGCUUGAAAUUAUAAAAUUAUUUAUUAAAAUCAGCCAUUCGCAUUACAUACAGAAAAUUAAGAUAGUGAAGGAUAAUAUUAAAAAUAAUCCUAAUGAGAAAGAUGAACCUGGUGCGUUGCUAUCAAUUUAUUAAUUUUUAUUCACCCCCCCCCCCAGUUGCACCUGAGGCUGCUACUGCCCCCGCCCCGCCCCCCGAUUGUUCCAGCACCCCACAGUAUCGCCCACUUUGGGAAACACUGGACCAGAUUAUCCUCAGGGUUCCUUCCAAUUCUCUGGGAAACCCUUUAGAGCGGAUUCAGUGAGCGCAUGAUUUGAAUAUCUCAUCCUACAGGAACUGGGGAAUCUGAGCCAGGCCACUUGUCCAUCUAGCGCAGUACUACCUGCACUGACUGGCAGCUGCUCUCCAGGGUUCCAGACUCAGGAGCCUCUUCCAGCCCCACCUGGAGAUGCCAGGGGGGGAUUGAACCUUCUGCAGGCAAAGCAGAUGUCCUGCCACAGAACUUUGGCACGGUUCGUUGAAAUAAACCAAGGAUCUAGCCCUCAAGCUUCUGGUUAAGGGGCUAAUUGAACUAGGAGCCUUGUGCUGUCAGACCCAGUGACCCCACCCCCCCAGCUCAUUGCGCUCUGCAUUCGUGGCAGCAUCUCUGCCCGGUCUUAGACAGGGGGCCUUCCCUGCCCCACCUGGAGAUGAUGGGAACUGAACUCAGGACCUUAUUUGUGGGAAGCAUGGGCUCUGCAGCCCCUCCUCAUUUCUGGGGAGGAGGAAGGGAAUUUGUUCCCCACCCCUCUUUUUGCCUCUGAUACACACACAAACACACACACACAUUCCUUCUCCCUCUUUUGAAAUGUUAACCAUAAAAAACUGAAUUUUGUUAGGGCUGCCAUAUGGCUGGAUUUUCCCAGGCAUUACUGGGAUUUCAAAGGUGGAAUUGACAUCCGAGGGGAAUUUCCAAAAGUUUGCGCUUUGUCCUGGAUCUUAGGCAAAUCAAUCAAAAAAUCGUGCGGGGUUUUUGUGUGUGUGUUUUCGUAAAAAACAACUCAACAACUUUUGGGGUGUUCUGGUUUUUACUUUUUGAAAUAUGACAACCCCAGUUUCGCCCGCAAGCACCUCGAACAGUGAAAAGUGAGCUGUCAGCGUUUUAAAUAAAUCAACUUAAAUGGAGACACUGGAGCUGAAAUUCCUUUGCUGUUGGGGAGGGAAGUGGUGGAUUCUGACGGCAAUUCUCUGCAAGGCGGCUUCGCUUUCAGGAAAUAUAAAGGUGAUCUCUCCUGCGUUAGUCAUACUCUGAGCAGACUCAGUCGCCUGAAUGACUCCAGCCCAUCAAUUCCAGUACAUCGGUUGUAACGCCACUCUUGGAUUGAUGUGUGUUUUUUAAAUUUCACUUCAGUAUUUGGCGGGGGGUGGGGGGAGUUAACAUUUCCAGUGGAUCUUAUUGUGUUUAUUAUUUGUUUUUUGAAUGCUGGAGGUUUUGGGAGUCGUGUUUCGAAACCCGGAAGCCUUUUGCAAAUCUAAAAACACAACCGUGAUAUGGAAUGGAAACAAAUUUGUGAGAAACAAAUUCGGGAAAGCCCAAACGCCCCUUGAAAAACAACAGGUCACACUAAAAGCCCUGCUCUGAGUUACUGCGGGGGGGGGGGGGCACGCCUAACAUUUUGGGGCCUUGAAAGAGCAACCUUCAUGCAGAACACAGCGACCCACGGGGUAUGUGGAAUGUCAGAAGCAUCCUGUUCUCACAGUGGCCGGCCAACUGCCCCACAGGGAAGCCCCCAAACAGGACAUGAACCCCCAAACAGAACCCCAUGAACCGAAAAGUCAGAAUCAUGGUCUUUUCUUCUGAUCCUGCAAUAUCGCCCUUGCCUCCUUCAGCUUGUCUCCAUAGCCAGGAGGGCUAGAAUCUUCCUUUCCUCAGACGUCUGAGGUUCCAGAUUUGUCCCUGGGAUCUCGCUCUCUCCCCAGCCUCGUCCCGCCAGACUCCCCCCCCCCCCGCCUUUUCAAAGCAGCAGCUGCAGGCUUGAAGAAUGCACUUCUAAAAAUGUAACCCUCCGUCUUGAUGAAUAAUUGACAUUCCCUCUCUCUCCAGCCGACCCCGUUCUGCAGGCAGCGGCAUUCGGAAGAGAGGCGGUGCCUGGCUACCUCUCUGAUGAGGGGGGGGGGUUGCAACAGUGACUAGGGCUGCUGGCACAGCUUCCAACGACACAGGCCUGAGGAUCCGGCCCUGUUGCUGGACGCUUUUGCAUCAGCUGGCCUGGCUUUGCGAGGAAGGGCAGGAGGAGGAGGAGGAGGAGGAGGGAGGACACGCGAGGUCGCCUCCUUUGUGCUGGGAGAAAGGGCGCAUCGAAGCAUGGCUUCCGUCUCAGGAACAUGGGCAGCUGUCUUGGACCCAGGCCAGCGGCCCCAUCUAGCUCAGUAUUGCUGCUCCAAUGCGCACACUCUCCUGAUCGGCAAAAGGCCUUGUCUUUCGGAAGACGGCUUUGCUUGCCCCCCACAAAUUGGCUAUAAUUGAUCAAAGGCGAUUGAUGCCUGCCAGACAUGAUGGCUGUGCUCUGCCUGGUAAUCUUUGGGGAUAUGGCGGUGGUCUGAGCGAGGCUGGAAUUUAGCACCCAUAAAUGGAUCUUCUCGAUUAUGGGUCUUCUCAGUUGUGCGCCAUUCACCUGCAGCAAUGACUUUUUGGAAUAUGAUAUAUAAUGAAAUCAAUAAACAAAUUACGGUGGUGCCUUGCAAGACGAAUGCCUCGCAAGAUGAAAAACGCGCAAGAUGAAAGAGUUUUCCGUUUUUUGAGUCGUUCCGCAAGACGAAUUUCCCUAUGGGCUUGCUUCGCAAGACGAAACGUCUUGCGAGUUCUUGCGAGUUUGUUUCCUUUUUCUUUAAGCUGCUAAGCCGUUAAUAGCCGCUAAGCCGCUAAUAGCCGCUAAGCCGCUAAUAGCCGUGCUUCGCAAGACGAAAAAAACGCAAGACGAAGAGACUCGCGGAACGUUUCGUCUUGCGAGGCACUACUGUAAAGUGAUUUUUCCAAGAGGCCAGAAUCCUUCCUCCUGGGGAUCCUAGACAGCAAAAUCCCAAGGAAGCCUCAGCUCCAGGGACAACGAUUCUCUGUGCGCAGAAAAGGAAGGUGGAGAGAAACCCCUGAAAGGAAGAAUAGCGGAUGAAAAUAUUGGAAUAUGCAGAGAUGGCAAAAUUGACAGCACUGAUAAAAGAUACAAAUUUAGAACCAUUUAAAGAAGAUGGGAAACUUUUUCUAGUCUAUCCAAAAGUUAUUUGCCAUAUGCAAAGACCCCUGUGGGGUUUGAAGUAUAAAAAAACCCAGCAGAACAUAUUAGGACACAUGUUAGAGAGGAUGAAAUUAGAUAAGAUGGAAACUUAAAAUGCAAUUUAUGUAAUUUGAGUUAUAAACAUUGAUGUUGGGUGAGUGGGAAGUCACUAGUUUGGUUGAAUUGGAAUAUAAUUGUUGAGUAACAAAUGUAACUUUCUAUAUCGAAAAAAGAAUAAAAUAUUAUUACAGAAGGGGGGGAAACCACCAAACACCCCCAACAGCGACAAGUUUUACAAUUUACGGUGGGGCUGGUGAACUUCUGACCUUCUGGAUGUUGCUGAACUACAUCUCCCAGCAUGCUCAGCUGUCAUGGCUGAUGGGAGUUGUAGUCCAAUCACACCCAGAGGGCCAAAGGUGCUUACCCUGCUUAUGCCUUACAGACAAUCACCCUACUAGUCCGUCAAAGAAGUUUUUGCCUAGCCCAAAAAAGGAUGUUGGGGAAGGCAUAACUGCUGAAAGUGUAAACAGGCAGAUGGAUCUUUUCUCCACCAUUUGUGAGGAAGUGAGGGCUUUGCGGGAAAUGAUGUAUAAUGAGAUAAAAAAGCUGUUUAAAGUGAUUAAACACCCCCCCACCCCACCGGAAGCCUUUUUCUUAGGAAUUAUAGGGACAGAAGUUAAAAAAAAAAGAUGAUUAGGUUCUUUAUGUAUGUAACACCAGCAGCUAGGAUUCUCUCUGCACAAAAAUGGAAGGAGGCAGAACUUCCCACCAAAGAAGAAUGAAUAAGUAAGGUGACGAACUACGUGGAAUUGGUAACGCUGACAGCCAAAGUAAGAGACUCCGACAGUGACAGUUUUCUUGGAAGAAUGGACGUCCUUUUCAGACUAUUUAGGGAAAUAGUAUAGUUUGGUGAACUCGCGAGCUGGAUUAGAAAUAUGAGCAACGGAAGGAAUUUGAGAGAACAGCGUUGAUGAGUUAUUGGUAUAAGACAUUGAAGGCAUUGUGCAGUGGGGGGAAAGUAAAACACCACGGAAAAUGGGCCGGGAAGUCUGGAAAAGACCAACUUAUUAUGUAUUGAAGUAUGUAUGUUAAACUUUUGAAAAGUGAAUAGAAAUUAUUAUUUUUAAAAAAGAUGUCAGGGAAGGUGCCAGGAGGGCCUGGCAGAAUACUGUAUGGAGAAGAGGUGGAGCCCCGUGUGUGGGGCACCCCCUAAGCCAGGCUCCUGCCCUCGGGUGCGAUGGAGGGCUCUGCGGCAUCCGGCUCCCCAGCCCUGCUGGCGCCAGGUCUUGGGGAGCUGGGGUGCUGUCUCCCUUUGUCUCUUCUGCCCCUCAACCUGUCCGUUCUCUCAUCCUCUUCCUCAGGUGGCCGAGCUGGAAGCCCAGAGAGGCCAUGAGUCCUCAGGGGAGGCCAGGGAGGAGUCCAGCCCAGCCCUGGAAGAACUGGAGCAGUUGGUGAAAGCCAGGGACGAGGUGAGGGGCCGCUGUCGCCCUCCUGGUGGCUCACAGGCAAAGCUUGCGAUAUCAGACGGUGGUUUUCUGCCGUGGCUUUUCCCAUAAAUUUUCAUCAACACAAAGAAGCCUUGCUGUAUUCAGAUCUUUCAUAUUUGUUCUUGGUACCUUACUCUCUCUCUUUUUUAACAUAAUUUUUAUUGAGUUUUCCAUAUUUCAUUACAUUUUCAUUACAUAAAUCCAUAACUUGCUCAAACAAAGCAUCGACCUCCUUCCCUUCCUCUUUCUGACUUCCAAACAUCUUUUACAAAUUCUUCGCAUUUCUAUAGCCACUUUUUUACCUUAUAUCUUGUUUUGACAUUCACCUCCUUAUAUGUAAAUCAGCUCCUUAUUUUCACAUUACGAAACAUUUCAACUCAAGCCUACAAACGUUUUCAAAUGUUUACAUUUUUCUUUCAUAUAAAAUAUAAAUUUGCUCCAGUCCUUUUGAAACAGUUCGUCACACCGAUUCCGGAUCUUGGUACCUUACUCUCAUUUUGAAAAGAUAUCUUCCCACAUUCUGCACAUAAAAAUAAACAAAUUUUGAUGCUAUGCUAUAUUACACAGAAAUGUUUAAAUGCUUCUUAGCUGUCCUGGAAUCUUCCUGCCACACCAGGGUGGUGACAUGCCUUAUGUUGCCUCAUGGUCUUAUUGUUGGAUGAGACAUCAGGACAGUCUCUCAAAUCCCUUUUGCACACUCCCUCUUGACUGGGCACAGGGCUGCCCCGUUGCCCUAACAGACCAACACCCCCCUCUCUUUCACCCCCCCCGUGACAGAUUAGCUGGAGUUCCCCCAUCCCUCCUGGCCCUGCCAGCCCUGCUCCCUCCUCCAUCGCUCUCCUUUCCACACCAGCAGCUGCCAGGAGCCCACACUCCACCUCUGCUCUUGCUGGGGCGCCAAUUAAAUUAACAGUUUAAAGCAGAGGUUUAAUUACAGGGCAGGCGCCUGCUCUAGACGCAGAUCCGCCUUUCUGAGAAUGCUGCGCAAGGCAGAAACUCGUGCGCUGGUGAGAGGAGGCUCUGUGCUCUCUACUCCAUGCCCCCCCCCACAACUCAUAGCUCUAAGAAUUAGCAUUCCUGUAGAGCAGGGAGUGGGCUAAGCUGCAGCCUCUCAGGAUCGGGGGGGGGGGGGCUUUGUUGCAGUUUGCUAGGUGCCUGAGGUGUCCCCGGGCAGUGCUGUGGUUCAGCCCUGUGGACGUAAAUGAAGGAGCGAGAGUUCCUCUGAGCAUGUGCUGAGCCCUGGGAUUUGAGACUAGAUUAAUAUUUUAUUAGAAGAAUUUGAUUUAUAAAAAACAGAGAGUGAGAAAAAAAGAAUGAAAAAAGUGAACGACAAAGAAAAAACACUGUUACAUUAAGAUACAUUAAUAUACAGAUGUGUAUAUUCUUAUUAUGCCAAUACAUCAAACUCAUGAGUAGGCAUCGGGGAGAAAUUGAGGUUGUCCGUCAAAUAAAGGGGGGAGUUCCUGUACCUCUUUUUCUAGGAAAAAAAAAAGCACUGGCGUCAAGUAUUCCUAAAAUGGCAUGGUCAAAAUAACACACAAUGGGGGUUGUAUUAGGGGAAAUAGGUUAUUGCAUGCAGAAAUGCGACUAUCCAGAGGGGCAGGUGCAUUGAUUGCCUCUGUGCUCCUGGCAUCAGCCCUCUGAGUUGGCUCUUUGCUGCCUGGGGCGGUUGGAAGUUGUAGUCUAAACCACCCAGAGGGCGCCAGGUUGGCGAUUGGGCUUGUUUAGCCUCUCAGCCAUUGCAUUCUGCAAGGGGGUGGAAAGUUGGUCAGAAUGUAUCCCUUUUCAUUUUAAUACAGUCAUACCUCGGGUUACAAAGGCUUCAGGUUGCGUUUUUUCGGGUUACGGACUGCCGAAACCCGGAAGUACCGGAAUGGGUUACUUCCGGGUUUCAGCGGUUGUGCACGCACAGAAGCACUAAAUCGCGCUUUGCGCAGAAGCGCCGAAUCGCAACCCGCAAGUGCUCAGACGCGCCGCUGCGGGUUGCAAACGUGCAUCCUGCAUGGAUCACGUUCGCAACCCGAGUGUCCACUGUAGUUUUGAAAGCUGCAACCAAACCACGUUUUGCAAAACAAAUAAUGGGGUUGGUGGGAGGGCUGUCUGACCAAGGCUGUGGACACAUAUCCUCCAACAUCUCCCCGAUGAAAAGAAGGAUGUCCUAUUCAACAACAACACCCUGCCCAUGUGACUUGGUUGCACCAGCCACUCUAGGCAGCUUCCAACAUAUAUAAAAGCACAAGAAAACAUGAAACAUUAAAAACAACUUCCCUAUCCAGGGCUGCCUUUGGAUGUCUCCUAAAGGUGUAUACUUCCUUAUCUCCUUGGCUUGGGGGUUGCAUCACAGUCCAGUGUUUCUCCACCGAAAAGAGGGACGUUCUAAGGAAAAGCAGGAUGUUCCAGUAUCAAAUCAGAAACUGGGACAGCUUUUGUAAAUCUGGGACUGUCCCUGGAAAAUAGGGACACUGGGAGGGCCUCCAAACAUAUCACAUGUAAAGCUUGUGACUCCCCUUGCCCAGAGAAUCCUGGGAACUGUAGUUUGCUAAUGGUGCUUGGGGUGUAGCUUUGUUAGCAGCAAACUACAGUUCCAAGGAUGUGGGGGGAGCCGUGCUCUUUAAAGGUAUAGUUCUCUUUUUUGUUUCGUAGAAUCGUAGCAUUGCAGACUAGGAAGGGCCAAAAGGAACGUUCUUCCAUUCCUGUUUGUGUGUUUUUUUAAACGACCAGGAACUACGGCAGCUAAAGGGGCAGAAAGGAGGAAGCUGGGAGACGGAUGAAGAGUGUGAGGACACCCGCCAGAAGGUGCAGGUAAUGGGGGCAGGAGGGGGGAUUAGGGGCAGCUGCAAUGGGGACUCGGCCAAAUCCCCCUGAGCAGAAGACCAAGUUUUCCCCAACACCAUUUGCUCCCGAUUAAAAACAUUAUUAUUUGUACCCCACCUUUCUGACUGGGUUGCCCCAGCUACUCUGGGUGGCUUCCAAGACACAUCAAAACAUAAUGAAACAUCAAAACAUUAAAAACUUCCCUGAAGAGGGCUGCCUUCAGAUGUCUUCUAAAGCUUGUAUAGUUCUUUAUCUCCUUGACAUCUGAUGGGAGGGCGUUCCACAGGGCAGGCACCACCACCAAGAAGGCCCUCUGCCUGGUUCCCUGUAACCUCACUUCUCGCAGUGGGGGAAUUGCCAGAAGGCCUUCGGAGCUGGACCUGUGUCUGGGCUGGUAUAGAGGGCCAAGGCUGUUUAGGGCUUUGAAGGUCAGCACCAACACUUUGAAUUGUGCUUGGAAAGGUAAAGGGACCCCUGAUUGUUAAGUCCAGUCGCAGACGACUCUGGGGUUGCGGCGCUCAUCUCACUUUACUGGCCGAGGGAGCCAGCAUUUGUCCGCAGACAGCUUCCAGGUCAUGUGGCCAGCAUGACUAAGCCACUUCUGGCGAACCAAAGCAGUGCACGGAAAUGCUGUUUACCUUCCCGCCGGAGCGGUACCUAUUUAUCUACUUGCACUUUGAUGUGCUUUCAAACUGCUAGGUGGGCAGGAGCAGGGACCGAGCAAUGGGAGCUCACCCCGCCGCGGGGAUUCGAACCGCCGACCUUCUGAUAGGCAAUCCCUAGGCUCAGUGGUUUAGACCACAGCGCCACCUGCGUCCCUAGCUUGGAAAAGUACUGGGAGCCAAUGUAGGUCUUUCAGGACCGCUGUUAUGUGGUCUCGGCAGCUGCUCCCAGCCACCAGUCUAGCUGCCACAUUCUGGAUAAGUUGUAGUUUCUGAGUCACCUUCAAAGGAAGCCCCACGGAGAGCGCAUUGCAGUAGUCCAAGCGGGAGAUAACUAGAGCAUGCACCACUCUGGCAAGACAGUCUGCAGGCAGAUAGGGUCUCAGCCUGCGUACCAGAUGGAGCUGGUAGACAGCUGCCCUGGACACAGAAUUGACCUGUGCCUCCAUGGUCCAAAAUCACCCCCAGGCUGCGGACCUGGUGUUUCACACUGACCCCAUUCAGGACCACCCCCGCCCACCCCCUGUCACCCUGAAAUAGCACUUCUGUCUUGUCAGGAUUCAGCCUCAAUCCAUUUCAGCCAUCCAUCUUCCAACCACCUCCAGGCACUCACACAAGACCCCCUGCAAAAGAAACAUGGAUUGAACAUUUCUGGGGAACUGAGAGAUGGUCUGUGUGCAACCCAGGUGCUCUUCCCUGGGGGGCGAUGGUCCUGGGGCAGCCAGCAGGAGGGUCCCUCAUGACCACAGGGACCCUGAGGUCAGUCUCCUCUCCCCCUUUUUCUCGCCAGGACUUGGAGAGGCGCAACACAGACUUGGAGCGGCGCCUUCGCCUGGCUGAGCAGUCUCUGUCGGAGACGCUUUCUGAGCGGGAGAAGAUGUACCACGAAGUGGCCAAGGUGGCGGAAAUCAUGGACAUGAAGAUCUUCGAGCUGAGCGAGCUGCGGCAGGACUUGGCCAAGCUGGUGGAGAGCAACUGAGCCUGGCCGGAGGUGGGGAGGUGGGGAGGCUGCCCCGAUGGUUCUCCUCCUGGCGGAAGCGGACAGGCGACGUGGCUCUGAAGUGGGUAGCUGGUGGGGCACAUUUUUGGUCCUCCAGAAAUGCUCCUCCAAGAGGAUGCUGGACAUCAUAGAAUCGUAGAGUUGGAAGGGAGCCUGAGGAUCAUCUAGUCCCAACCCCCUGCAAUGCAGGAAUAUGCAUCUGUCCCAUAAGGGGAUCGAACCUGCAGCCCUGGUGUUCUCAGCACCAGGCUCUCACCAGCUGAGCUAUCCUGGCUGACACCUUCAGGCUUCUUUUUCCUGGCCUUAGUUCCCUUUCGGAUGCUUCCAUUUCUACAGACCCAGUUAUCCUUUUUCUAGCCAAGUUAGUAUGGUGGUUCCCCCCUCCCUUCCCUGAUCCAGUAGGUUUUUGAUAGAGAACUCUUCUCCUCCCCCCCCCCCCCGCCAGCCUUACCAGAACCAGCGGCUGAUUCAAAAACCUUUCUUGUAAUCCUCCUGGCUGAGUCUUUUUAACAAGCUUGCUUUUUAUAGAUUAUCAGAGACUUCCCCCUCAACCCCCCCCCCAGAGGGAACCUUGACUCUCUUCCUGGAAGUAAAUGGGGCUAUUUUCUUCUCUCCGCCCCCCCACUCUCCUCCCAACAACACCCUCCUUCCAUUGUACGUUUGGUUUUCUUUUCAAAGCGAGCAGUGACUUUGUCUUAGUGGGGUAAUGCGAAUGUGGGAAUGAAUACUCAGCUUGGGAAAGCUGGCAGGGGAAACUGGGGUGUGUGCGGGGGGGGAGUGGGGGGUGCUAAUGUCAGAGGGGAAAAGGCUAUUUCCAGGGGGCCGGUGGGAGAGGGGCAGCAAGCCAAGCCAGCUGCCAAUCUGGCAGGUUGCCCAGUUCUGCAAAUAUUGCGCGAAACCAAGAACCUGACCCUCUCCUGGUUUGAGAAGGAAGUGCAGCUUGCUCAAGAAGUCUUAUUCCAAGAAGUCAGGCAGGGGUGUGACCCACUGGCAGGAACGUAGGUCCUCGCCUGCUUUGCUAGCCCAAAGGUGAUGGGACCUCUGGCCCAUGAACCGAGAAUAUUAUUAUUAUUAUUAUUUGCAGUGCUUUUCUUCUAGAAAAAAAGGGGCCGGUACUCACUAUGAAGUUCUUACACUAAGUGCCACAUUUUAAACCAGUGCUUUUCUGCUAAGAAAACAAGUCCCGGUACUGCGUACCCAGGAGUACCCCAUGGCGGGGGGAAGAGCACUGAUUAUUGGUUAAAUUUGUAUGCCGCCCUAUAUACCCGCAGGUUUCAGGGCGGCUCACAAGAUAAAAACACAAAAUGCAUUUUAAAAACCCAGUAGUCCCUGCUCCCCAACACAUUUUAAAAGGGUGUCAAUCAGCCAAGGACCUGGUUGAAGAUGAAUGUUUUCACCUGGCACCUAAAGGUGUAUAAUGAAGGCGCCAGGCAAACCUCCUUGCGGAGAGCAUCCCACAAACAGGGAGCCACUGCAGAAAAGGCCCUCUUCUUGUGUUGCCACCCUCCGGACCUCUUGAGGAGGCACAGGGAGAGAGGCCUCAGAGAAUGAUUGCAGGGUCUGGUACGUUCAUAUGGUCCACAGGGCUACAAUGUGGUUCCCCAACCUGUGCCCACCUGCUGCACACCUGACAAUGGCAGUGCCAGCCCGCUCCAUUGCAAUUUUCAAUUUGCAUGUCUCCGUUAGGUUUGAACCACACCCAGACUUCAGAGGUGCUUGCCGUACCUGCCAAUCCAGUUACCGCAAGCGCUUUUGAAGGCGCUCUCUCUGCACCAGUCAGCUGAUGGGUUGUCCUGGUGUCCACUGGGAAAUGGAUCUACAAAAGAGGAUAAUGUUUGAGCAGUUUGCCUCGCAUUUGAGCUGCGGCUGGAAGGAAGGAACAAAUCAGCCAAAGCCCUCUCUUUCUGCCGGGCCCUUCCUUGCCAUUGGGCAGAGUGAGGUGGCAGCCACAGGCUGAGCUGCCCUUGCCUUGCACCUGCUAAGCUAGGGGGCUGCCCCAUUACCUGCACUCAAAGAGUCAACUGCGUGUCCAGUCAGGUUGAACACAUGGAAUUUGGAGGGAAGGGGGCUAAUCCUGGUCUAGCGCAUCCAAGACGUACAAAAUUAAUGUGCCCAGGGUUAGUCAAAGCUCAGCGCCAGUUUUGCUUCUCCUAUUUUAUUUUAGUGGUUAAAAAGGAGAGGAAAAGUUGGAACAAUGGCCUGGGAAUUUGCCAUGCAGCUGCCUGCACCAGGCAGACUGAUACACACACACCCUGUGAAAUUUGGCGAAUUUGAAAACUCCACUCUCAUUUAAGGUACUAGUCCUCCUGACUUUGAAGAACACAAGAAGAGACCAUGCUUCUGGGAGGCUCGGAUACAGGCCCUUGAGGCUUGCUUGUUUUCUCUGAGCAUCCAGGUACGCUGCCUCUAAGACUGGAAGCUCCAUUUGUCUUGCCAUACCUACUGUACAGCGACAGGGCUAUUUCCCACAAACCUGCGCUUUUCUUGAAGUUCUAAACCUCUCCCCCCCCCCCCGAAACAAAACGAAAACUUGGCCCUAAUUGGUUUUGCAAAUCUGAUUAUUUGUUGCAUGAAGACGAAAGCUUGGGCAGAUUUGGGGAAUGCCCAGUGGAAGCUCUAGAAACAGGUGAUGCUGAAGGGGAGGACAGGUGGGUGGGGGUUGAGCUGGAAUUAUUUAGAGUGGGGCUACAACCCCUCCGUAUUUAGCCAAAGCAGAUUAUUGUUGUGUCUCUCUAAGACUAAGUAGACAAGAGUUUUAGCCUGGUGACGAAUUCAGAAUGUCCCCGUGUCGCAGAAAGAAUGUAUUCAAGCAAACCUGUGGAUUGUAGGCUGUGUAUAAGUGACCUGAUGAUUGUCAGGUUUUACUGGAGGUGUUCAAUAAGACAAAGCAAUGGUGGAACUAUGACCCUGGGUGUUUCUCUCCCCUU